CUAUGAUCGUUCGUGGAAAGCAGAUCUAAAAUCGUUCCUAAUUAUUUAUAAUUUAUCACAAACUUAUAAAAAAGCCAUGACUUUCCUACGAAAUUUAUGUCAAAGGACAUUAGCAAACAAUUUACGUGCAUAUUCUGUGAAAGCUAUUAUUAAGAAACCGCCAAAAAUUUUGAUUACCGGUGGCCUCGGACAACUUGGUGUAGAGUGUGCAAAAUAUUUAAGAAGAAAAUAUGGUCAAGAAAAUGUUAUCCUAUCGGAUAUAAUCAAACCAUCCACAGAAGUUGUUAACGAUGGCCCCUAUAUAUUUGCGGAUAUAUUAGAUUUUAAAGGACUCCAGAAAAUAGUCGUUGAUCACAGAGUCGAUUGGCUGAUACAUUUCUCGGCUCUGCUUAGUGCCAUUGGCGAACAAAACGUUCCACUAGCUGUAAGAGUUAAUAUAGAAGGCAUGCAUAAUGUCAUUGAACUGGCGAAACAGUAUAAGCUAAGAAUUUUUGUACCAAGUACAAUUGGGGCUUUCGGACCGGACUCACCAAGAAAUCCUACGCCCAACAUUACAGUUCAGAGGCCUAGAACAAUUUACGGAGUUUCGAAAGUGCACGCGGAACUAUUAGGGGAAUAUUAUUAUCAUAAAUUUGGUUUAGAUUUCCGUUGUCUUAGAUUUCCUGGUGUUAUCUCCAGUGAUCCACCCGGUGGUGGUACCACAGAUUACGCCAUAGCUAUAUUCCACGAUAUCUUACGUAAAGGUCAUUAUCAAUGUUACUUGAAACCAGACACGAGGCUUCCUAUGAUGCAUGUUAAAGAUGCCCUCCAAGCCCUCUCGAACUUCUUGGAAGCACCAAACGAAUUACUGAACAGACGUGUCUACAAUGUAACAUCGAUGAGUUUCACCCCCGAAGAAUUAGCUGACAAAAUUAUUAAAUACGUCCCUGAAUUCAACAUAACGUACCAACCUGAUAGUAGACAAGAUAUCGCGGACUCUUGGCCCCAAGUAUUUGACGAUAGCGAGGCCAGAAGGGACUGGAAUUGGCGGCCCUCCGUGGACUUAGACAACCUCGUCGAGCUUAUGAUAAAGGAAGUUAAGGAGAAGAUAGCUGCCAAUGAAUAAAAAAAUCGAUACUUAAUUUUUUACUCACACGUGUUAAUCUUAAGGUAGAUUUUUCAAUCUUUGAUUAGAAUUUAGCUGUCCAAUUAAGUACUAUCACAACAUAAAGAGAAAGCAUACUGCAAUACAACCCUUUUAGUAGCAGGCAUGUACCAUUUUAUGACGUGAUUAAAUAUUACUUUCAAUCACAUACUAAAUAAUUAAGUAAUAUAGGAUACCUACAAAACAUUAUACAUGCGCGCAGCAGCCGCUAACUAGUGUCCCGAGCUGCUAACAUUUCGUAUGUAGCUCGGGCUGGUUCUCUCUCGUCUCUCGCUGCGAGAUUACGUCUCCUUAAAAAGACUCUAUGGAUUUUACUAUGGUAUUGCAUAUUAGAAAUGUCGAAGGAUGAGCAAUUAGAACAAACCUAUGAAUUAUUGUAUGCUAAUAUAUUCGACUAGUUACGUUUCAACCACUGAUUGAAAAAUCAGCCCUUAAUCGCAAAUAUAGUUCAGAUUGUUUGUAAACAACUGAUUAUACUUUAGAAUAGCUCUUAAGUUGUGAAGGGUAAUGUAAAUAAUUUUUCUUUUCUGGACACUUUUGUAAUCGGCUUGAAUUAAAAUACCUAAGCACUUAUAAACAAAAUAAAAAACGUAUUUAAACAAAUGCAUUUAUUUUUAAUCCAAUAACCAAUAAAUCUUAAUUACACUUUCAGUUAGUACGCCUUGUGAUUAUACAAAAUUAACAAACAUGUAUCUAUUUGUUACAUUAUAACACAUAUAAUAAAAUAAAAUAAAAACUCAUUGAACAUGUUCACAAUAUUUUGUAACAAAAAAAAAGUCAGUAUUAAUGUGCAAUAUUCAUUGGAUAACACUCCGAUCAAAUAUAAUAGUUUUUACAUAAUCAAAAAUGAACAAAAACAUACCAAUUUUCCACACAUGCCGCUCUUAAUAACAAUACAAAUAAAAUUAAUUCAACUUGUUCACUAGCUAGCUCGGUCGUCACAAGUUGUUACAUAACCUUAAAUGUGUGUAUGUGUAUAAGUAUGUAAUAUGUGCGUGUGUCAAUAUAUGUAAGUAUUGUAUGUAAUGUUUUUUUAUUGCAUUAUAUUAAGAAAUUGCAUUACAUUAAAAAUGACUUAUUAGCUUCUCUCUGUUAUAAACUGCUUUCCAUAAAGUGUCAUGUACCAAAUUUCUGACUUCAUAAGAGGAGGUUCGAACUUUUACAUAAUAAUAUACAUACAGACACACGUUAGUGAAAGAUAACGUCAAAAUUAUAAUCAACAACAACACACUUGGCCAGCAUUGUGAAUUAUGGCCUAAGCCACUACAGAAGGCCUGUGUGAGCUGUGUGAACAAAUAUAAUUCUUAUGGUUUAUGAUACAUAUGUGAAGUAGUUAAGUUUUUCUAUCUUACAUAAUAGAAUCAACGGAAAAAAUAAAAUAAUUUUAACAAAAAAAAAAACAUGCGUAGCACGAAAUUAUACGUUUGAUCGAAGUAUUAUGAUUAUGAACAUUUACUAUCAUAAACUGUGUGCAUACAAGUAUCACAUUGUAGCAAGCUUAUGAUUUAUUAAAAAUGUACCUAGAACACUAUUUUAGGUAUUUUCAAGAGUAACAUUAAGUGAUGUAGAUUUGCCACACUAUGAACUAAUUUUUUGUCGCCUUACAAACAUUUCAACUGGGUAAAUAAGUUUUUAUAAAACAAAACUAUAACGUUAUUUUAUUCCGAUUUUGACUUAGAUAAAAAAAUAUGAUAAGAUUUUUUAAAAAAUUGUGUGAAACACAUAUUAAUACCACGUCAAGUACGUAUUAAUUAAACGUCCCGUUCAGCAUAGUGCCUAAACAUAACAUAUGUAUGUAUAAUUUGACUGUUAAUUUUAACUGUAACUCUACAGCACAUUGCACUA